CCAGCUUCAGUAUAGGCACCAACUCGCAUCCCACAGCAACUCAGCCCUUCGUCUGCGUGUGCCUGGGAGCAUGUGCCUGGCCACCCCUGCCACUGCUCUCGUCAUUGCCUUCGCUGCCCCAACCACUGCCACUCUGGGGGGCAACACAAGCGUCCCGUCCACACUAGUCUGAUUUCCCGUAUAUUCCCACACUUCAAAAGUCCUAAAAGCUCCUGCCGCCUGAAGGGGGGGAGGUACGAGCUACACCUCAAGACAGUCAAUUCGCAUGAGACUAUGCCCUCAGUUAUGGGUUUCGUCACAAGGGGGGCGGGAGCAGUGGCGUAACAGACUGACUGGAGGCCCCUGGACAAACUUUUGUUCCUGAAAUUUUGCCGGAGGCGGCCGCCAGUCUGGUGGGAGCGUACAGGAGAGCUGGACGUAACUUCUCUACCACUACCACCAUCACUACCACCACCACCAUCACUACCACCACUACUCCUGCUCCCUCCACUAUUACCACCAUCACCGCCACCACGCACACUCUCUCCCGCCACCACAAGCAACACAACAUGACGACCUGACCUCCAACACAGCCCAGUUCGUGACCAGAGCAUCGGUUACACUGCUUACGAGACCACAAUAGAAUCCAACGUCAGUCAAACAGUCAGUCAAGUUAAGGAUUCUUAGGUCACACAAUGGAGAAGAAGAGCUUGCCGUGGGUCACUAAGGUCAGCUACGGCGUCGGCCACGUGUUCAAUGACCUCUGUGCGUCCAUGUGGUUCACCUACCUGCUGGUUUACUACGAGAAUGUACUCAGGUUCGACUCCACCGUGGCGGGCCUUAUCCUGAUGACGGGCCAGAUAGCGGACGGCCUCAGCACUCCUGUUGUGGGUAUCUUCUCGGACAAGGAAAACAAGAUACCCCUGUGUGCCCGCUACGGUCGACGGAAAGUGUGGCAUUUGUUAGGUACGAUUCUGGUGAUGGUGAGCUUCCCGUUCGUGUUCACCCCGUGUCUAGGGUGCGAGGAGGCUGAUCAGUGGUCGCAGUUCGGCUACUUCUGCGUGUUCGUCAUCAUCUUCCAGUUCGGGUGGGCGUGCGUGCAGAUCUCCCACUUGGCGCUUAUCCCUGACCUCACCACGCGGAAAUCUCAACGCACGGAGCUUAAUUCUAUCAGAUAUGCGUUCACGGUGCUGGCCAACCUGAGUGUCUUCACGAUCAUGUUCUUCGCCCUCAACACCGGGCUGGACCAUGGCUCGGAGGGGAGCGGCGGCAUCUACAACGAGACAAACUGCGGCAAUGAAAACUCGACCGGCUCCACCUUAGACUGCUUCUCGGUCCCGACGGAAGGGCCCGGCUCACUGGACCAGAUCGGACCCGAGGAUGCAAAGGAUUUCAGGAACAUCGCCCUCAUUUGCUGUGCGGUGGGUGCAGUCUUUUCUCUCAUCUUCCACCUGGGGGUUCGCGAGCCGCCCUUCAUCCCCCACAAGAGGCAGUGUGAGUUGGCCGCCAGCGGGGAGAAGAAAGGCCCUCCGCCCGCCAAGAAGAUGAAGAAGCGCGACUGGUUCAAGGAGCUGCCCUUCUACCAGAUCGCCAUCCUCUACAUGGCUACCCGUCUCUAUGUCAACUUGUAUCAGGCUUACAUUCCUCUUUACGUGCAAGAGACUCUACAGCUGGACCAGACCUUCCUCGCCACUGUGCCCUUCGCUAUGUACCUCGCAGGAUUCACGGGGUCACUGGUCAUGAAGGAGAUCAACAAGAAGAUCGGAAGGAAGGGCACAUUCGCGCUUGGCUGCUGCUUCGGUAUCGCUGGCUGCACUUGGAUCUGGUUCGGCGAAGGGGAUUACUUUACCACGUGGGGCAUCUUCGUGGUCGGGGCGCUGCUGGGCAUUGGUGGCUCCACCCUACUCAUCACGUCCCUCUCCAUCACGGCGGACCUCAUCGGGGAGAACGUCGAGGGUGGCGCCUUUGUUUACGGGUUCAUGAGCCUCGUGGACAAGUUCUCAAAUGGCAUUAUCAUCAUGAUCAUCCAGGAAUCUAACCCUGAGGAGUCGUGGUAUUACAGAAGUGUGGUCACCUUCGCCUGUGGGUCGGCCUGUGUGCUCGGCAUCGCCACGAUUAUCUCUCUCAUCAACACCAAGGUCGGCGGGUCAAGACUGAGAGCCACGGCCCUGUCAGUCCUGGAGAACAGCGAGUCAUCCGAAGACGCGAUGAAGUGCGGCAUUGACAACCCCAUCUGUGUUAUUACCGAAGUCUGCCUCCAGCCAGUCCCGCCCUCCUCCUCUUCUUCCUCCUCCGGCGACUCCGACACCACCCACACCACCCUCCCUUCCGAUACUCAGGACAUCACCAAAACGCCUUUAUAAAACCACGAUUCCGAGGCAACUGCGCAUCUGUCAUAAGCAUUUUUAGUCCCAUUUAUAUAUACAUCACUAGUUCUUAAAAGUACUGGUUCAUUAUAGUCGUAUUUAUUGUGAUUUAUACUUUUUUAGGUGUUUCAUACGAGCUCGGGACAGGUACCCGAACCCCCGGUGCUUCCAAUCUUAGUUCUAGGUCGAUAUAGUUUAUGUUGAGGCACAUUUAUUACCCUAAUGUAAACUGUGACGGUGGUUUCAGUCCUUCCCUAACUUGAGAGAAUGCCGGGGAGUCUCACAGUCACAAAAUGCCAUUACAAACAGACCUAACGUGUGCAAGAAUAGCAAAACCCCUACGAUGGCAACACUGGCUUACCUUGUCUGAAGAGGAGAGAACAUUUUCGGUGAUAUUUCUCGUUGGGUGACCUCCCUGGACCUCCCAAUGACUCCCCGUGUAGGAUUCAACGUCAGGAGGCUUGUGGUAACGUCUCAACGCACUCACGACACGAAACACGGAAAUAUUAAGGGAAACACUGAAGCUCCACUUGUCUUGAAUGUAAACAGAGUAGUCUCGUCAGAUAUUUCCCGAUUCCUGGGUUUUCAGAGACUUGGUGUCUUCUGGUGCUACAGGCUAGUUCAGGAGACGAAAAUCAACGGGUUAGAACACUUCAGAAUGUCGCUUACGGCUUGAAACAGAGAAAAAUGUAAUGUGAAACAGGGAAGCGGUGCACGUGGGCCAAACGUAGACGACGCGCGGGUCGGUUAUGCCACCAAGACGCGCCUGCCUGACCCGCCCUACACGUCAUCAGUUAUCCAUGAAUUACUUCCUUAUGUGAUCAUUUGUAGAUAUACUUAUGCUUUUUAUGAUACCAAAACACACCCAUCUUAGUAUUCCUUAGUUGAAGCUACUUUUGUGAUAAUUCUUAGAUAUACUUUUUUUUUUUCACUCGUUGCUAGGUUCAGCCAAAGUUAUUAUUUUUUCCCAGCUGUCCUAUCUUAUAUUUCGUAUUAAAAUUUGCGCUUUUUUAUUCCAAAGGUCAUUUUAAUUUUUUUUCUUUCUCUCCUAACAACUAUCAUAAAAGGGCUUUUAUCGAAUUCUGAUUAUUUCAUUUCGUAUUUCGUAUUUCCUUAUGUGGUGAUAUUGAAAUGGUACUUUUCUAUGAUUUUUACAAUCGUUUCAUAGUUAAACCAAAGCUUUUUCUAACAGUUAUCAUAGACUCGACAUGAAAUUCUUAUCUCUACACAGUUUUCCUCAUUGUUUUAUUUUGCAACAACAAUUUCCUUGUAUCAACAUCUGGAGGUACAAUAAUCACAAUCAUUAUUUCUCUUCCCAUCUUUUUAAAGUCUACCCAAAGUUUUUAUUCCUGCAUCAAGUAUCAUGAAGUGCCAACCACACCUCCAUACAUUUUCUCAUCUGAUACCGGCAUUAAAAAAAAACUAUAAAAAAACAUUCAUAUAUAAUUCUAUAUCCGCUAUUUAUAUACUGCCACCACUAUUAUGUUAUUAUGUAUAGGCUUUUCAUGGUUCCUCAGGUGAAACGAUGAUUCACAGAGAACACAACUUACCAUGCACACAAUACCUCCAUACAUUUUUUUCCAAACCAAACCAUGCAAACUGCCUUCAUAAAUAACACAUUCACUAGUUAUUUAUAUUCUUCAUACUAUUUUAUAUACGAAUGUUUUGUGUGUAUAUAUUACAUUACGUGUGUGUGUGUAUAUUUAUAGUUUAUAUAGACGCCAUUCUGCAUAAUAUGGCGAUAAAUCCGUAUUAUCAAAACAAGAAAAAUAAUACAGUACAAAUAAAAAAAAUCCUUUCA